AUGGAACAGUGGGCUACGACACCUGUCGGAUGGUGGGAUCCGCAUCGACCAACCGUUUCACGCGACGGAUCAUUAUUUCUCACCUUCGUAAACGGUGAACAACCCACGGAUCCAAAUCGAAGAUCCUACCGAAACGUGAUUUUAAUUAAUUCGAUCCCGCCAAACCCAGAACAUCAACCUCUGAUUGCGGGUGCCUUCCAUGUAGAUGCAAUCCUUGGCUGGGAUGAAGCCAAUAACAAAUUAUACAUUUCUGGGACAGGAUUUCAUCCAGAAACAUCCCCGUUGGGUGAUCCUAGUGAACGCCAUGUUUAUUCUGUUUCAAACGUGGAGCCAAAUUCCAUAUCAGAAUGUAUGACAUGCUCCAUUCCCACCAGCGCGGACGAAGAAUGCCGCUCGCACUCGGUCUCAUUCAGCACCAAUUUCCAAUUCUACAUGCACACCUGUCGAGGACCUGGUGUUCCCGAGAUUACCACGAGACGCACUUCGGAUAACUCGAUCGUCAAAGUUUGGAACGAUAAUGCCCCACUUCGUGAACGUCUAGCAACCAAGCUUCUCCCUACCCUGAGCGAAUUGGAGGUCGACCUUCCACUCAGCUAUAAGGCUAAAGUCCGUCUCUAUCUCCCGCCUAAUUUCGAUGAAAGCAAGCAAUACCGCUCCUCGUAGAAUUAUGCUGGCCCAGAUUCGCAGAAAAUCACGCAAGAUUACGGUAUCAACUGGGGCUCCUAUUUGGCCAGUUCGAAAGAAGUAAUUUUCGCAAAUAUCGAUGGGCGCGGGUCCGCAAGACAGUCCGCGGAACAGAAGUUUGCCGUUUACAGAAAUCUAGGGUCUGUUGAAGUUGAUGAUCAAAUUUCGGUGACAAAACACCUUAUCAACACUUUGAGUUUUAUUAACCCAAACAAAACCGCGCUAUGGGGCUGGUCAUAUGGUGGGUAUGCGACCGCUAUGGCACUUGGGAAAGACAGCGAGAACGUGUUUAAAUGUGGCAUUUCAGGGGCUCCGGUUUCGAGCUGGUUGUACUACGACACGAUAUACACCGAGGGAUACAUUGGACUCCCUACCCCUGAAGAUAAUUGGGAGGGUUAUAACCAAUCCUCCGUGAUGCCUCACUUGGAGGGCAUUGCGAACAAGGAGUUCCUCUUGAUCCAUGGCAACGCGGAUGACAAUGUUCACUACCAGAAUUCUAUGAUGUUGGCAAGAGCUCUCGAACAGGCAGAUAUCCUAUUCACUGGAUUGAGUUAUCCCGAAGAAAACCACCGAGUUAACGGACCUGGCAAGCAACGCCAUCUGUACCACUCGUAUGAACAUUUCUUAACCAGGAACGCGUGCUUUGGACCACUUGGAAAUCCAUGA